AUGGCAGCCAACUCCACAGCAGGCAGUUGGCCACCGGUUGGAUCUCGGAUAGCAUUGCUACUGGAGCAGCGCCAGGAGUUGACCGAUAAGCUGGCCGAGAGCGCAUAUGACAUCUUCCUCUACCUGUCCCGCGCGGCCGUUUAUGCCGACUUGGCCUACCCAGAUCUGGCCGCCGGCGAUGCAUACCGAGCGCUGCUGCUGACCGACGAGAUUAGCGACGAAAGCUUCGAGUACCAUGACCAGACGCAGGAGGCCAUGGCACCGUAUGCGACGGGCGAGAAGUCUUUGCCCGACUUCCUGCGACAAGGGACUCCAUCAAAUUUGGCUUCGGACGUCGCAGCGCUGUCCCUUUCGCCCGACUCUGAAGAAACCGAAGACGCAAAACUCGAGGCAUGUCGGCGGCUGGCGUCUAUAGCUGCCAUCCGCUGCUACCAGAUCCUAUCGCUCAACCUGCUCCUCUGCGGCUGUCUUCGCAGUGCGCACACCUUUUGCGAGCGCGGCCUCGCAGCGGAUCCCAACGACAAGGACCUGCAGCAAACCAAGGCUCUUAUUGAUACAGCGGCCCGCAAACGCUUCCGGAGGGCGGACGACGCCACCUUUGUAUACAACCCGACCGACCUGCCAGACCGCGGCCUGGUGCGGCGUGAGGUGUAUCCCUGGAACACCUACGAGCCGGACCGCUUCUCGGCCGCGUCGUUGGCGUUUCUCAACGACGAGCUGUCGCGUGCGGCGCCCAAGUGUGAAGUGCGCGCGACGGAGCUGCCUAUCUUGACAGAAAAGGACGACGAGGGCAGCCGCACGUCUGUGGACGGCCCCAUCGCGACCUGCUGGCAGCUGGGCGUUUUUGCCAAAGAACCCGUUGCGGCAGGAGAGGCCGUUUUGCGGGAGUACUCGUUGCUGACCGCCAACAACCGCCUCAAGGAAUCGGCAUGCGAUGCGUGCGGCACAGAACUGCCCAGCCUGGCCGACGUUGGCAAGAAAAAGAAGAAGGAUGGCAGCAGGAGAGCGACAUAUAGAGCCGAGGACGGCGACAACGACGAUGAGGAGCUCGUUGCCGCCCCUGUCGCGUGCCCCGACUGCUACGACACUGUCUUUUGCGACGACUUCUGCUUUGAGCAGGCGCAGGAGAAGUACCACCCGGCCGUGUGCGAAACCGAUGUCGACUCCAUUGCCAAAGACCCCGAAGAUGCCCGCGACGCCGACGAUGCCCUCUACGUGCUGUUGCUGGCGCGUCUGCUGGCCAUGGCCGCCCACCAGGAACGCCACCCGCUCGAGGUGGACGAGAUCAAGUACAUCUGGGGCGAUUUCGUGCCCCCGGAGACAAACGUCAAUGCCGGCUUUGCUCAGUCCGUGUUGCCGUCGUCACCCGAGGUCGUCGCCGUAGCCGCGGCCGGUGGCAUCCCUCCGACGGCCUGGUCGCUGCCGUUCAGUUUCGAGGCCAACAUUGCCACGCCGCUGCACAUUCUCGAAAAGAUGGACCUCGACGUCUUUGCCGACCUGGCCCACUACGACCUGUGGGUGCUCAACUCGUGCUACAGCAAGUUCCGCGGCACGGCCUCGGCGCGCAAGAGCCGGCGUGACGGGCGGCCCGAUGUGGCGGCUGUGCAUCCGCUGUGGUGCCUGGCGAACCACGACUGCGAUCCCAACGUGACCUGGGAAUGGGGCGGGCGCAUGGUGUUGUGGGCGCGCGAGAAACGUGUGGGGCUGGGUGCAGAUGGCAACGAAAAGCGGCCCGGUGGCAUUGCGGCUGGUCAGGAGAUCUUGAACCACUACUGUGACGUGGAUCUGCCAGUACAACUGCGGCGGGAGUGGGCGAGCGGCAGUCUGGGCGGUGCCUGCAUGUGCCAACGAUGCCGCAACGAGGCUGCAGCAGAAGCAAAGGAGGCUGGGCAACAGAUACACUGA